GUUCCAUUAAAAAUAAGAAAUGAUCAUCACACAACAUACAGCUUUCAUCAUCCCCCCAAUAUAUAUAAAUAUAUAUAUACAUAUAUAUUUCUUUUUCUUUCUUUUUUUGUAGAAACUGAUAAUUUCGAAUGAAACAGAUUUUUAUUUUUAAAAAGGAAAAGAAAAUGUUGUUAUAAGUCGGAAAAGAAAUCCACAGAAGCAUGACAAGUUUAUCUUCUAAAUCCAACUAACCUAAAUUCUCUCCCUCUCUUUACUUUUUUUUUUUCUCUUGUCGGUGAUUUUGGAUUUUUCUCCUCUUUCCAUCACCAUAAUACCACCUGCAAGCUCCCUCCUUCUCUUUCCUGCUCCGACAUAUUUAUUCUCUGCCUCUCUCUCUCUCUCAAAACCCAUCUCGAAAGUCUUUCUCUUUCGAGGGUUUAGAUCCUCCAUGGAAGGCGGCGGAGUUGCUGACGUGGCUGUCCCCGGUACGAGGAAGAGAGACAGACCUUACAAAGGAAUUAGGAUGAGGAAGUGGGGAAAGUGGGUGGCGGAGAUUCGUGAGCCUAACAAGCGCUCUAGGUUAUGGCUUGGCUCUUACUCUACUCCCGAGGCGGCGGCGCGAGCUUACGACACGGCGGUUUUCUAUCUUAGAGGACCUACGGCGAGGCUUAACUUCCCUGAGCUUCUUCCUGGGGAGAAAUUCUCCGACGAGGAUAUGUCGGCUGCGACCAUCAGGAAGAAAGCCACGGAGGUCGGUGCUCAGGUUGAUGCUUUGGGCACGGCGGUGCAAAAUAACCGCCACCGUGUUUUUGGUCAGAAUCGAGAUAGUGAUGUGGAUAAUAAGAAUUUUCAUCGGAAUUAUCAAAACGGUGAACGAGAAGAAGAAGAAGAAGAUGAGGAUGACAAGAGAUUGAGGAGUGGCGGCCGGUUAUUGGAUCGGGUUGACUUGAAUAAAUUACCCGACCCGGAAAGCUCCGAUGAAGAAUGGGAAAGCAAACAUUAAAAAUAUAUAGUUUGGAGCGGUGGCUGUUGCUAACGUACGCCAACGGCUUGCUUCUACGAAUCAUUAGCGCCGUUUAUGAUUUUUUUUUUUUUUUUUUUCAUUAUCUGAAAAUUUAGGGCUUUUUAGUUAUUAAUUUUUGUUUUGUUUUUUUCCUUUCUUGCGAGUUUUGCGGUUUAUGGAAUUUUAGGCUAUUGCUUAAAGAAUGCAAAAUGUAUAUUACUCUACUCAUUAAUACUCAUUAAUGGAAAAUUCGCCCUAU